AUGACCUACAACACAAAGUUGGUAGAUCUGGAUCCAGAGCCUAAGUCCAGACUGGAGGGUGGAGGCCAGGCUGGGCCAACCUCAGGCAGGGGCCAUGGCGACCUCUCCCGGCUUCGUAGCUCCUCGCUGGAGAUCAGAGAAAAAGAAAUUCGAGAAAAGGGCUCGGAGAUCCUCAGGGAACAGCUGGACGCUGCAAAGAAGGAACUGAAAUUAAAGGACAAGGAGUGUGAGCGUCUGUCACAAGUCAGGAAUCAACUGGAGCUGGAGCUGGAGGAGCUGACUGCCAGUCUGUUUGAAGAAGCUCACAAGAUGGUGCAUGAAGCUAACGUCAAACAAGCAGCCGCGGAGAAACAACUGAAGGAGGCUCAGGGAAAGAUUGAUGUUCUGCAAGCAGAGGUGACGGCGCUCAAGACUCUGGUGUUGACAUCAACACCUUCUUCACCGAACCGCCAGCUGCAUCCACAGCUGCAGCCGUCGGGAACCAGGGGAGUGUACAGGCAUGUCGGGGGCCACGUCCGCAAUAAGAGCGCGAGCGGUGCCUUUCCAUCUUCACCUGGAAGACCAGAACCCUCCUCAGUUUCCAUUCAGCCUACGGCCAAAGAGGACCGAGAGAUGGACUCAGUUCUGUAUGCAGAGUUUUUGCUGUGGAAGGAGAAUCCAAGUGUAGAGCGCUCCUCUGCCUUCUUGAGUCGCAUCUACAGAGAAGACAUUGGACCCUGCCUCUCCUUCACAAGAUCUGAGCUGUCACAGUUGGUGCAGAGUGCAGUGGAAAACAACUCUUUGACUAUCGAGCCUGUGGCCAUGUCAGCGUUACCGAUGGUCAAAGCCUCCGCUAUUGAGUGUGGCGGCCCGAAUGGCUUUAGGGCAGCUAUAGAGACAAAAUGUGCAUUAAGUGGCAUGUCGCGGCUCUGCCGCCAUCGCAUUAAACUUGGCGACAAGGGGAGCUACUAUUACAUCUCUCCUUCCAGCCGAGCACGGAUCACAGCAGUUUGCAAUUUCUUUACUUAUAUCCGCUACAUCCAGCAGGGCCUAGUGAGACACGAUGCGGAGCAGAUGUUCUGGGAGGUGAUGCGUCUCCGCAGAGAGAUGACUGUGGCCAAGUUAGGUUUCUACCUCACUGACCAGGGCUAGAUGACCUGACCGUCCACUGAGACACCCGACAGGACGGCAUGAUCCCAGGACCUUGAUUAUUCAAGGUCGGGGUUAAACUGUGGUAGCAAACAGUUCUUGGAUCAGGUUUUGUUGGAGGCGUUGUACAGCAUUAGUGAUCCAGCAGAGGUUGAUCAACAAGGGAAGUAGAAAAUGUUCAUGUGCCACUUUUAUGCAAUAUGACAAAAAGUUAAACCAGUACAGCUAGAAAGAAGUAAAAUAACAUUACUUCUAAGAUAGUAUUAUUCCCAGAUAUGUAAAAUAUAUUUUCUGUUAUACUGCAGGCCUCCAGUAAUUCUCCAGAAUUGUAACUUUUGCUGAACCUCCCCGGCGGAGUAUACACAACCUAUAUACACAGUAAACACGACUCAUGUUAACACAAAUAGACUCUAUGUUCUAUGCUCAUAUGAGCACAAAGAAUGAAAGCAGUGUAGAGUUUAGUUGGUCUCUUACCUCAAGUAUUACAUACUUAUAUAACUAUAUGUAAUGUAAUCAUUCUGCUGUGAGAUUGACAAUAUCCAUGUGGUUUCCACCGAACAAUUAUUUGGGUAGUUUUCUUUAUUCUUACACGAAUAUAAUGUUCACUAGAAUCUCUUAGUUACUUUCAGUUAUCAGCUCAAACACCACAGACUUUUUUUCUCAGCAUGGCCUUCAUUUUGUUGAUGCACUCUUGCACUACUUGUUCUAGAUGCCUUGUAUAAACACAUGAAUGAAACAGUUUCAUGUAAGCCUGACCUGUACUUCAUAAUCAAAAAUAAUUUUAAUGACUUUGAUAUGACAGUUCCACACUCAAAAUAGUGACUGUUUUACGAUAUAGUCAGAAAAUCAACAAGCUUCAAAAGAAGUUAUGGCAAUAUGCACAACUGUAGUUUUGCACGGUUGCAAUGAAAAGUAUGUAUGUGUAAAAGCCAUAAAUUACAUUGCAUGAAUGUAGUACAUAGCCAUAUAAUAUAGUUUAUAUUGGUUGUACUUCACAGUGUAGAUUUAUUAUUAUAAUUAAAGUCAAAUUUUUACAGAAAACGGUCCGUUGAAGAUAAAAAUGAAGAAUAUUGUGUCAGAAAGUGCAAUAACUGCUUCUUAGCCUUCUUUAGGGCUUUGAGGUUCCUAGCCUCAGUGUAAACACUCCAAUAAAGACGAGGCAUUGUAGCCU